AUGGAAGAAUUUGGAAGGGAACCAUGUCCAAUGAGAAUAUUAGAAGACCUUGGCGGAGCUUUUGCCAUGGGUCUUAUUGGUGGUGGUAUUUUCCAAGGUAUAAAAGGCUUCCGUAAUGCACCCACAGGAGUUAACAGACGUUUUAACGGAGCUUUUCAUUCUGUGGCAACCAAAGCACCCAACAUAGGUGGUAGUUUUGCAAUAUGGGGAGGAUUAUUUUCAACCAUUGAUUGUUCACUAGUGGCCAUCAGGAAAAAAGAAGACCCGUGGAAUUCUAUUGCCAGCGGUGCUUUGACCGGUGGUAUAUUAGCAGCACGUAAUGGAAUACCAGCUAUGACAGCCAGUGCUGUUUUUGGAGGUUUACUAUUGGCAAUGAUUGAAGGGUUUGGAUUAUUUUUUAUGCACAUGUCAGCCGAACAAUUCAGACCUCAACCACCUGUAUUUGAAGAUCCCACUCAAAUUAACCAACCUAACGGUGGUUAA